UGCCCAUAUGUUCAAGUGAAUUUGGGUUGGAAAAGAGUGAGCUGCUAGCAAAUAAAGAAAGAGAAAAAGAAUGUAGACAUUGAAGUGGGGAGUUUUAGAGGUUCAAAGCGCAGAAAAAAGAAGCCCCAUGGAGAACCCAAGAGCCAACGUUGCUGUUCAACGAAGGAGAAGGAAGGGCCGUGGAGUUGUUCUUUUCCCACUGCCUCUUCAAGGCCACAUAAACCCCAUGCUUCAGCUUGCAAACCUCCUCUACUCCAAAGGCUUUUCCAUAACCAUUCUUCACACUCACUUCAAUUCCCCAAUCUCUUCCAACCACUCCAACUUCACCUUCCAUUCAAUCCCCGACGGCCUGUCGGAAAGUGAAGCCUCCACCGAUGAUAUCUUAGCCUUCCUCACACUUCUUAACGUCAACUGCGUCUCGCCCUUCCGCGAUUGCCUGGCUAAGUUGUUGUCCGAUUCUCCCCAGGAGGAUCAACCCAUUGCUUGCAUAAUUACCGACGCUGUCUGGCACUUCACCCAAGCUGUUGCCGACACCUUUAACCUCCCAAGGAUCGUUCUACGCACCAGUAACGUCUCUUCAUUUCUUGUUUUCGCCGGCCUUUCAUUGCUUCGGGAACAGGGUUACCUCCCCAUACAAGAGUCUCGAUUAGAAGAAGCUGUACCAAAUCUUCCUCCGCUUAAAGUCAAAGACAUUGCGGUGAUUGACACGCGCAAUCCGGAGGAUUUUUAUGGACUAAUAUCCAGUAUGGUAAAAGAAAUCAAGGGCUCCUCGGGGCUUAUUUGGAAUUCAGUUGAAGAGCUUGAGCAAUCAGAAAUGAUCAAACUCGGCCAGGAUUUUCCCAUCCCAUUGUUUACAAUAGGCCCAUUUCACAGCUACUUUCCAGCCUCGUCAAGUAGCUUACUAACACAAGACCAAAGUUGCCUUUCCUGGCUAAACACACGAGCACCAAAAUCCGUACUCUACGUGAGCUUUGGGAGCCUUGCGAAAUUCAAUGAAACAGAGUUUAAGGAGAUAGCUUGGGGGCUAGCCAACAGCAACCAGCACUUCUUGUGGGUGAUCCGACCAGGGUUAGCCCGAGGCUCAGAAUGGCUCGAAACAUUGCCAGAUGGGUUCCUAGAGAUGGUCGGUGAGAGGGGCCACAUUGUCAAAUGGGCUCCACAGCAGGAAGUGCUGGCUCACCCUGCCACCGGAGGAUUUUGGACUCACAAUGGAUGGAAUUCGACAUUGGAGAGUAUUUGCGAAGGGGUUCCCAUGAUUUGUUCUCCUUGUUUCGGUGACCAAAAGGUGAAUGCAAGAUACGUGAGUCAUGUUUGGAAAAUUGGGGUGCAUUUGGAGAAUAGGAUGGAGCGAGUGGAGAUAGAUAAGGGAAUUAAAAAGCUAUUCGUGGAGACUGAAGGAGAGGAGAUGAGACAGAGGAUUAUGCAUUUGAAGGAAAAGGUGGAUCUUUCUCUGAGGCAAGGGGGUUCUUCACAUCAAGCCCUAGAGAGCUUGAUUAAUUACAUAUCUUCCUUCUAGUCAUAAUUAUUUUUAUUAAUAAAAUUGAUUGGUAUCA